CAAAAAUUCUCAGCCUCCAAUGCAAAACACAACUGCUCACCACACCAGUCUUCUGAUUCUUAUCGAAACCUCCAUCUCACAAUUUCAAUCUAUUCAAAUAUGAUUGAUAUCACUCGUGUUUCUUGUUUAAUUUCAAGAAAACCCAUCUGGGUUCUCUUCUAAAAUCGUUAAUUUAAAGAUUGAUAUUCCAACGUUUACUGAACCACAAGUUCACAAUGGGAACUGGUUCAUCAAGGCACUUUGACAGUAGCGCUCAUGGCAGUGGAGAAGAGAAAGAUGACCAUGGCGGUGGUCAACUCUAUGUCUCUCUAAAGAUGGAGAACUACAAUCUCAAAGGAGACCUUGUUCCUCACGUCUAUGGCUCCGUCCCUCUCGUUGGUUCUUGGGAUACCUCCAAAGCUCUUCCACUGGAACGCGAAUCAACCUCGAUGUGGGAAUUAAGUUUUGUUGUGCCUCCUAACCAUGAAACCUUGGAUUUCAAGUUCUUACUGAAACCGAAAGACAACAAUGUCCCAUGCAUAGAGGAGGAAGGCAUAAACAGGCAGUUCAUGGGGGGUACAUUGCAAGGGGUUGCAAGAUUAGCUGUUUUUAAUUUAACCCCAGAUGAGAUUCUUGAGUAUAGGGUAAACAUCAAAACCAACAGGGUUUCACCAUUUGAUCUUGCUGCAAGUUGGAGAGCUUAUCAAGAAAAUCUUGAACCCUCAACUGUUCGUGGGAUUCCUGAUGUUAGUAUAAAUUCAUUGCCUGAAGGUGUCGAGAAUCAGAAUGGGUCUUCAGCGAGUUUGGACCUUGAUCUUGAACAAUACCUAGUCCCUGCUCCUGUAACUUCUGUGGUGUAUGCUGCUAAUUUGACUGAGACUCCAAGGUCUUUAAAGCGUGGUGGUACUGGUGUGUUUUCAAAUGCUGAAACUUCAACCAAAGAUUCGGGUGUUUCUGUUGAUCGUCCUGCAACCAUAAAGGAAAUGGAAGUGGCUAUACCGGAUCCUCCAAAGUUAUAUCAUCCACCUGGCAUGGUUGAAUCAAAGUCAGUGGGAACAAUUUCACCCUCACAAAGACAAGAAAGUCACCGUGGAAUUUUUGUGGAUAGGGGGGUGGGGUCCCCUCGGUUGGUCAGAUCAGCCAGUGCAGCCACUUUGACUACCGGAACUAAACGUGAUCCAGGAGCUAAGAUGCCAGCUGCUGCUGGGGCAGUUGCAGCUGCAGCUAUUGCUGAUCAAAUGCUUGGCCCCAAAGAAGAUAUGCAUCUUGCCAUUGUCUUGGUUGGGUUACCGGCUCGUGGCAAAACUUUUACUGCUGCUAAACUUACGAGGUAUCUCCGUUGGUUAGGUCAUAAUACCAAACACUUCAAUGUUGGCAAGUAUCGACGGCUGAAGCAUGGAACAAAUCAGACUGCAGAUUUUUUCCGGGGUGACAAUCCUGAAGGCAUGGAAGCCCGUAAUGAGGUAGCAGCUUUGGCAAUGGAUGACAUGACAGCUUGGAUGCAAGAAGGUGGCCAGGUUGGGAUAUUUGAUGCCACAAAUAGCACUAGUGAGCGAAGGAAUAUGCUUAUGAAAAUGGCUGAAGGCAAAUGCAAGAUCAUAUUUCUGGAAACAAUUUGCAACGAUCGACAAAUAAUUGAAAGAAAUAUACGUCUCAAGAUUCAACAAAGUCCCGAUUAUUCCGAAGAACCUGAUUUUGAAGCUGGAUAUCAGGACUUCAAACGACGACUUGAUAACUAUGAGAAGAUCUAUGAACCGGUUAAUGAAGGAUCGUAUAUUAAAAUGAUCGAUAUGGUUAGUGGUCAUGGUGGGCAGAUACAAGUGAACAAUAUCAGCGGAUACCUUCCUGGACGGAUUGUGUUUUUCUUGGUGAAUACACAUUUGACACCUAGACCAAUUUUGCUUACAAGACAUGGAGAAAGUCGUGAUAAUGUGAGAGCAAGAAUUGGAGGCGACACUGUCUUGAGUGGAAAUGGAGAGCUUUAUGCAAAAAAACUUACUAAUUUUGUCGAAAAGCGACUAAAAAAUGAACGUGCUGCUUCUAUAUGGACAAGCACAUUGCAACGUACAAUUUUGACUGCAAAUCAAAUUGCUGGAUUCCCAAAGAUACAAUGGCGUGCACUCGAUGAGAUAAAUGCUGGUGUAUGUGAUGGUAUGACAUAUGAAGAAAUAAAAAAGAAUAUGCCCGAGGAAUAUGAGUCCCGAAAGAAAGAUAAACUUAGGUAUCGAUAUCCUCGUGGAGAAUCUUAUCUUGAUGUGAUACAAAGGUUGGAGCCGGUUAUCAUCGAGCUAGAAAGACAACGUGCACCGGUUGUGGUUGUAUCUCACCAGGCGGUUUUGAGAGCGUUAUAUGCUUAUUUUGCUGAUCGCCCUUUGCAAGAAAUACCGCUUAUGGAGAUGCCGCUUCAUACGAUAAUCGAGAUACAAAUGGGAGUUACGGGUGUACAAGAGAAACGAUACAAACUCAUGGAUUGAUUCUUGAUUCUUGAUUCUGUUUUUAUGGUUGAACGAAUAUAGAAAUAUAAAAAUUUAAGAAACAAUUCAUGUUUAAAUACUCAAGAAUUAUUUGUUAAUCGAGAGGAUUUCCUUAUUUA